GUCUCAGAUCCCAAACAUGGAGGGCGGCAGCCGCCAGCAGGGCGGUCUGGGCCGCGCCGUGUGCGUGCUGACCGGGGCGUCCCGCGGCUUUGGCCGCGCGCUGGCCCCGCUCCUGGCCCGGCUGCUGUCGCCCGGUUCGGUGCUGCUCCUCAGCGCCCGUAAUGACGAGGCGCUGCGGCAGCUGGAGGCCGAGCUGGGCGCCGAGCGGCCCGGCCUGCGCGUGCUGCGGGUGCCGGCGGACCUGGGCUCAGAGGCCGACCUGCAGCGGCUGCUGGGCGCCGUGCGCGAGCUCCCCAGGCCUGAGGGGCUGCAGCGUCUGCUACUCAUCAACAAUGCGGCCACUCUAGGAGAUGUCUCCAAAGGCUUCCUGAACACAGACGACCCCGCCGAAGUGAACAGCUACUGGGCUUUGAACUUGACCUCCAUGCUGUGCCUGACUGCUGGCAUCCUGAAGUCCUUCCCUGACUGCCCUGGCUUCAGCAGGACUGUGGUUAACAUAUCAUCCAUCAGUGCUCUGAAGCCCUUCAAGGGCUGGGCAUUGUAUUGCUCUGGAAAGGCUGCUCGUAACAUGAUGUGCAAUGUCCUGGCCGCAGAAGAACCUAGUGUGAGGGUGCUGAACUAUGCCCCAGGUCCCCUGGACACAGACAUGCAGCAAUUGGCCCGGGAGACCUCUCUGGACCCAAACUUGCGAAAAAGUCUGCAGGAGCUGAAGUCAAAGGGGGAGCUGGUAGAUUGCAAGACAUCAGCCCAGAAGCUGCUGAGCUUGCUUCAAUCAGACUCAUUCCAGUCUGGAGCCCAUGUGGACUUCUAUGACAAAUAAACUUAUGUCUGGCUUCCUGG